GGCAGUGGGACCCACUUCCUUUUCCUCUUUCAGACCGAGCGAGCGCCGUGGCCGCCAUGUCCUUGGUUAUUCCUGAAAAGUUCCAGCACAUUCUUCGAGUGCUCAACACCAACAUAGAUGGGCGAAGAAAGAUAGCGUUUGCUAUCACCGCCAUCAAGGGUGUUGGGAGACGCUAUGCUCAUGUGGUGCUGAGGAAAGCAGAUAUUGACUUGAGCAAGAGAGCCGGAGAGCUUUCCGAAGAAGAGGUUGAACGCAUUAUAACCAUCAUGCAGAAUCCACGACAGUACAAGAUCCCUGACUGGUUCCUGAACAGACAGAAGGAUGUCAAAGAUGGCAAAUACAGCCAGGUCUUGGCCAACGGUCUGGACAACAAACUGCGUGAGGAUCUGGAGCGGUUGAAGAAGAUCCGUGCACACAGGGGUCUGCGGCACUUCUGGGGUCUCCGUGUGCGUGGCCAGCACACCAAGACCACGGGCCGGAGAGGACGCACAGUCGGUGUGUCCAAGAAGAAGUAAAUAUUACAAAUGAUCUCAAAUUCGUUAAUAAAUUUCUCAUUGAACUGUU